GAUUCCAUAUUGGUCGUUCCUCAAGCAGUUUAUUUAAGGAAGAUUGUUCGUGCGGUGAUUUAGGUAUAUAGUGCCUUACUUAAAUAUUGUGCACAGAUAUGUCCUCGAGUGACUUUUAUUUGAGGUACUAUGUGGGCCAUAAAGGUAAAUUCGGCCACGAAUUUCUGGAAUUUGAAUUCAGGCCAGACGGCAAACUGAGAUAUGCAAACAACAGCAACUACAAGAACGACGUCAUGAUCCGAAAAGAGGCAUAUGUUCAUAAAAGCGUGAUGGAAGAGUUGAAGAGAAUCAUUGAUGACAGUGAGAUCACAAAAGAAGACGAUGCCUUGUGGCCACCUCCAGACAGAGUCGGGCGACAGGAACUGGAGAUUGUCAUCGGUGAUGAACACAUUUCAUUCACAACUUCCAAAAUUGGAUCUUUAAUUGAUGUCAACCAGUCCAAGGACCCAGAAGGACUCAGAGUUUUCUACUACCUGGUCCAGGAUCUCAAAUGCCUUGUAUUCAGUCUCAUCGGCCUCCACUUCAAAAUCAAGCCCAUCUAGCUACCCAGUUGGAUUUUGUUUUU